UCCUGUGUGUCUGGGGACAAGGGGAAAGAGCAGCAGAAGUGCCCCUUCUCCAGGAUCAAGGAACUGGGGUGGGGGGUGUUUCCUGGACCCCAGUCCUCCGAAUCAGCUCCUAGAGUGGAACCAGGAAGGAUUCUGGAGCCACAGAAGAUAGACAGAUGGAAGGUGGGGACCAAAGUGAGGAAGAGCCGAGGGAACGCAGCCAGGCAGGUGGAAUGGGAACUCUCUGGAGCCAAGAGAGCACUCCAGAAGAGAGGCUGCCCGUGGAAGGGAGCAGGCCGCCCGUGGAAGGGAGCAGGCCAUGGGCAGUGGCCAGGCGGGUGCUGACAGCUAUCCUGAUUUUGGGCCUGCUCCUUUGUUUUUCUGUGCUUUUGUUCUACAACUUCCAGAACUGUGGCCCUUGCCUCUGUGAGACAUCUGUGUGUUUGGAUCUCCGGGAUCAUUACCUGGCCUCUGGGAACACAAGUGUGGCCCCCUGCACCGACUUCUUCAGCUUUGCCUGUGGAAGGGCCAAAGAGACCAAUAAUUCUUUUCAGGAGCUUGCCACAAAGAACAAAAACAGACUUCGGAGAAUACUGGAGGCCCAGAAUUCCUGGCACCCAGGCUCUGGGGAGGAGAAAGCCUUCCAGUUCUACAACUCCUGCAUGGAUACACGUGCCAUUGAAGCUGCAGGGACUGGUCCCCUCAGACAAGUUAUUGAGGAGCUUGGAGGCUGGCGCAUCUCUGGUAAAUGGACUUCCUUAAACUUUAACCGAACGCUGAGACUUCUGAUGAGUCAGUAUGGCCAUUUCCCUUUCUUCAGAGCCUACCUAGGACCUCAUCCUGCCUCUCCACACACACCAGUCAUCCAGAUAGACCAGCCAGAGUUUGAUGUUCCCCUCAAGCAAGAUCAAGAACAGAAGAUCUAUGCCCAGAUCUUUCGGGAAUACCUGACUUACCUGAAUCAGCUGGGAACCUUGCUGGGAGGAGACCCAAGCAAGGUGCAAGAACACUCUUCCUUGUCAAUCUCCAUCACUUCACGGCUGUUCCAGUUUCUGAGGCCCCUGGAGCAGCGGCAGGCACAGGGCAAGCUCUUCCAGAUGAUCACUAUCGACCAGCUCAAGGAAAUGGCCCCCGCCAUCGACUGGUUGUCCUGCUUGCAAGCGACAUUCACACCGAUGUCCCUGAGCCCCUCUCAGUCCCUCGUGGUCCAUGACGUGGAAUAUUUGAAAAACAUGUCACAACUGGUGGAGGAGAUGCUGCUAAAGCAGAGGGACUUUCUGCAGAGCCACAUGAUCUUAGGGCUGGUGGUGACCCUUUCUCCAGCCCUGGACAGUCAAUUCCAGGAGGCACGCAGAAAGCUCAGCCAGAAACUGCGGGAACUGACAGAGCAACCACCCAUGCCCGCCCGCCCACGAUGGAUGAAGUGCGUGGAGGAGACAGGCACGUUCUUCGAGCCGACGCUGGCGGCUUUGUUCGUUCGUGAGGCCUUUGGCCCAAGCACCCGAAGUGCUGCCAUGAAAUUAUUCACUGCGAUCCGGGAUGCCCUCAUCACUCGCCUCAGAAACCUUCCCUGGAUGAAUGAGGAGACCCAGAACAUGGCCCAGGACAAGGUUGCUCAACUGCAGGUGGAGAUGGGGGCUUCAGAAUGGGCCCUGAAGCCAGAGCUGGCCCGACAAGAAUACAACGAUAUACAGCUUGGACCGAGCUUCCUGCAGUCUGUCCUGAGCUGUGUCCGGUCCCUCCGAGCUAGAAUUGUCCAGAGCUUCUUGCAGCCUCGCCCCCAACACAGGUGGAAGGUGUCCCCUUGGGACAUCAAUGCUUACUAUUCGGUAUCUGACCAUGUGGUAGUCUUUCCAGCUGGACUCCUCCAACCCCCAUUCUUCCACCCUGGCUAUCCCAGAGCCGUGAACUUUGGCGCUGCUGGCAGCAUCAUGGCCCACGAGCUGUUGCACAUCUUCUACCAGCUCUUACUGCCUGGGGGCUGCCCCGCCUGUGACAACCAUGCCCUCCAGGAAGCUCACCUGUGCCUGAAGCGCCAUUAUGCUGCCUUUCCAUUACCCAGCGGAACCUCCUUCAAUGACUCCCUCACAUUCUUGGAGAACGCUGCAGACGUUGGGGGGCUAGCCAUCGCGCUGCAGGCAUACAGCAAGAGGCUGUUACGGCACCAUGGGGAGACUGUCCUGCCCAGCCUGGACCUCAGCCCCCAGCAGAUCUUCUUUCGAAGCUAUGCCCAGGUGAUGUGUAGGAAGCCCAGCCCCCAGGACUCUCACGACACUCACAGCCCUCCACACCUCCGAGUCCACGGGCCCCUCAGCAGCACCCCAGCCUUUGCCAGGUAUUUCCGCUGUGCACGUGGUGCUCUCUUGAACCCCUCCAGCCGCUGCCAGCUCUGGUAACUUGGCUACCAAAGAUGCCACAGCACAGAAAUAUCGACCAACACCUCCCUGGUCACAUCCAUGGAAUCAGAGCAAGAUUUCCUUUCCGCUUCUGUUCCAAAAAUAAAAGCUGGCACUUGGCUUCCGCUUGUCUCUUAAUGACUUGUUCCUGCUAUGUUCUAUGCCUGGAAGUCAUUAACUGCACGGGAGAAAAAUACCCUGAAGUUAGAAAAGAUAAGAGGGAGAAAUGCCAAAAAUAUUUCAUGGACACAAGAAAAGGAAAGAAUCAACAAUUGGUGACCCGGUGGGUUUGAAGGCCACCCAGUGGACCAAAGAUUGGACAAUAAAGCAGUCUAGUUGGAGACGAGAAGGGCUUGGAUUAAGUAUCGGAAAGCUGCUCCCAAUUGUUCUCAGG